GAUUAGUGUAAAAAUAAUAAUUAAUACUCAAAAUGUCAAAACCUUCAAAAAAUUCUAAAUUUAAAAGCCAAAAAAAUCGUAACAGUAAAGUUCAUUUAGUUUUUGAUGAAAAUAAACGAAGAGAAUUUUUAUGUGGCUUUCGGAAGAGGAAAUUACAGCGCAAGCAAAAAGCGCAAGAAGAAUUAAAGAAGCAACUUAAAGAAGAAAAGAAACGAUUAAAAGCUGAAGCAAAAGAGUGCUAUAAAACUCUAGUAAAAUCGUAUAAACCUGUUCCUGAAGUUGAACAUUUACUCUUACAGGAAUAUGAAGAAGAUGAAGUGAAUGUUAAAGUUCUUGAAUUAUCUACUAGUGAAAUAGCUAAACAUAACAAUUGGAUUGGACCAAAUUGUAUAAAGUACGAAGAUGAGGAGAAUGAACAAAACAAUAUAGAAACACACUCUGAAGUGUUAGAAGAAAUUCCUGGAAUGGAAUUGCAAUCAAAACAGAAUCGUGCCACUACUAAGGCUUCUAAAGUAGCAUUUAGCUCAGAGAAAGAUCUUAAAAAGACUCUAAAAAAGCAAGCAACCAAGAAUAUUAAAAAUAGUAAAGUCUUUCAAAAGAAAGGAAACAUUGAAAGGAUGAAGCAAAAGAAGAAAGCAUUACAACAAAAAAAAUUAAAGUUGAAGUUAAAUAAAAAGGGAAAACAAGAUAUUAAAAAAAAUAAAUUUAAGCACAAAAGGUAACAUUUUGUAAAAUAUUGUAUAUUCAUUAAAGGUUUUUUAGGUUUAUUAUCGAUUCAUCUUAUUUUCUAACAUUUUUUGAGUAAUUUAAAUAGUUUAUUGAGAAAUAGAUGUGUACAUGUUUACUUAUCCAUUAACGUAGCUACAGCCAAGUAUUUAUAUGUAUUUGAGUAACAAUCAAAAAAGGUAUUAUUUUUUCUUAUUAUUAUUAUUAUUCUUACCAAAUGGGCACAGGCUUUUAUUUAAACAAGUCUCACACUGAGGCCUAACAGGCAAACAAAUUUGCUGACCAAAGCCUACAAGGAGAUGAUUCACUUCACUCCAAAGAUCAAAAGGAAGCCAUUUUUCUAAUGCUUUUCUGGUUUCUUCUGGAGUUUUUGUGUUAACCCAUUUAAGUCUAUUAGUAAUUCGAUGAACAUGGGUGUCUACACCUAUAGAGGGCAAAAUUGUCGUAGGGCAUAUCAAAAAUCAAAUGUUUUGCUUAUUUUAACAAUAUAAAUAUUUAAAAUAUAA